AUGCUCUCCCUCCCGCCUCUCGCCUCUGUCGCGCUCGACAACGGCGUCGCACGCACGCCUCCGAUGGGCUGGAUGACGUGGGAGCGCUUCCGCUGCACCGCCGACGGCGGCGACGUGGCGGGCGGCGGCGCGUCUCAGCCCAGCUGCGCCGAGGACCCGGAGAACUGCAUUUCGGAACGGCUGGUUCGGCAGCACGCCGAGAUCAUGGCGCGGCCGGAAUGGAGGGGCGCGGGCUACGAGUACCUAAACAUCGACGACUGCUGGGAGAAUUGGAGCCGCUCGCCGGGCGGCAAGCUGGCGCCCAACUCGACUCGCUUUCCGCACGGCAUGAGGGCGCUUGCCGACUACGUGCACUCGCUCGGGCUCAAGCUCGGCACGUACAACGACAUGGGCACCGAGACGUGCGGUGGCUACCCCGGCGAGUGCAAGGACGAGAGCUGCUCGCUGCCGGGCUACAUGGGUGUCGACGCGGCGACCUACGCGGGGUGGGGGAUCGACUCGCUCAAGAUGGACGGCUGCCACUCGGUGCACACGCACGGCGUGCUCGACCCGGCGUACCGCUGCAUGGGCGAGGCGCUCAACCGGACGGGCCGGCCGGCGAAGGGCGAGGCGCCGGUCAACUACACCGAGACUGCGGCGCGGUGCAACAUGUGGCGGAUGUACAACGACAUCCAGGACUCUUACGAGUCGGUGAGCGGCAUCGUCGACUGGGUGGGCGACCACGCCGAGGCCAACGGCAUGCUGGCCGCGCAGGGGCCCGGCGCGUGGAACGACCCCGACAUGCUGCUCGUCGGAAACUUUGGGCUCUCGCUGCCGCAGGCAAAGGCGCAGAUGGCGCUGUGGUCCAUCAUGGCCGCGCCGCUCAUGAUGGGCAACGACCUGCGCCGGCUGUCGGAGGAGAUGAAGGCGGACCCGCUCGGCAAGCAGGGCCGGCGCGUCUUCCAGCUCAAGGGCAGCCAGUGCGGGGCGCACGACGUGUGGGCUCGGCCGCUCGCCAACGGCGACACGGCGGUGGUGCUGUGGAACCGCGGCGUGUGCGGCACCCACUCGCUGCUCGGCUUCGACUGGCCGACGGUCGGCGUGGCCGACGCGAGCAGACGGAUGGGCGUGCGCGACCUCUUCGAGCAGAGGGACCUCGGCGUGCACGCCGGCUCCUUCUCCGGCUUUGUCGACCUCUCGGGCGUGCUCAUGCUGCGGCUCUCGCCGGCGGAGGGCGCAGAGCGCUGGGGCGCGUCGUGA